AUGACAACAAAUAUUUAUGUUCUCACCAUAUACGAAAUCGUCUUCUGGCUAUGUAAUAGUUUCUUAAUCUUUAUCGAGCUAGUCGAUAUUCCAUGGAUUGAUCAAUAUCGAAUACAGAAACAAAAGAAAAAACUACGUUUCCAACCAGAAAUUGUUCGUCUGAUGAUCAAGGAAACGAUCAUAAAUCAAAUAUCAUCACUCGCUUUUCUUCCAAUACUUUACUACACUUUUGAAUAUUUCGGUCAUGUUGAUCUUCAUGGCAGUCGACCAGCUUGGUCAACCGUUCUCUAUCAAAUUGCACUCUUCAUUCUUUCCGAAGAUACAAUCUUCUUCUGGACUCACUAUUUAUUUCACACGCCUUGGUUAUACAAGAACAUUCACAAAAAACAUCACGUCUAUAAACAGCCAACAGGUGUAACUGCUGUUUUGAGUGAUCCGAUUGAAGCUAUACAAACGGAAUUUGCGAUGUGGUUUAUGCCCGUGUUUUUGAAAGAAACACAUAUCUUUACAAUAUGUUUAUGGGUGGCUAUUCGCGUCUAUCAAACCGUCGCAGCACAUUCUGGAUACAAUUUUCCUUAUAUAAUGACACAGUACUGGCUGCCGGAGUUGAUGCCCGGUGCUAUUGCUCAUGAUUUCCACCAUCAACAUGGCAAAUGGAACUACGGUUCAUUCUUUUCCCUUUGGGAUCAAUUGAUGGGAACACAUCGGCUUAGUGCGAGUAAAACGACUGUGAAUUGA